AUGUCCAAAAAAGGACGCAGCAAGGCUGAAAAGCCUGAAGUACUGAUUAUGUCCUUACAAGCUGCCAACGAAGAUCUCAGGACCAAGCUGACGGAUAUUCAAAUUGAACUUCAUCAGGAGAAGUCUAAAGUGAACAAACUUGAAAGGGAAAAAAUCCAAGAAACAAAACGGAUCCGGGAAUUAGAACAGCGCAAACAGACAGUGCAAAUCACUGAACUAAAAGCUAAACUCCAUGAGGAGAAGAUGAAGGAGCUACAGGCUGUCCGGGAAAACCUUAUCAAACAGCAUGAGCAAGAAAUGGCACGGACAAUGAAAAUUAGAGACAGUGAAAUUCAGAGACUCAAGUCAGCACUGUAUGCAUUGCGGGAAGGGAGUAGUGAUAAAGUACGGACAGCCCUGACCAUUGAGGCUCGUGAAGAGGCCAGGAAACAAUUUGACUCUGAGCGCCUUAAACUUCUGCAAGAAAUCACUGAACUGAAGUCUGCCAAGAAGCAGGUGGAUGAAGCCCUGAAUAACAUGAUCCAGGCUGAUAAGAUUAAAGCAGGGGAUCUCCGAAGCGAGCAUCAAUCCCACCAGGAGGCAAUCUCUAAGAUCAAGUGGGAGAGUGAGAGGGAUAUUCGCAGGCUG